UUAAAUGAGUGUUAAGAAAAGAACAAGACUAUUGAGUGAUUCCGACUCUGAUGAUCAAGUGGCGACCAAUGGUUUAGAGAACAGACUAGAAGAUGAAGAAGAAGAAUCGAUUGCUGAGCACAAUGUGUACACAUCUCCAACUGCUAAGAAGAUGGCGGAACUUGGUGAUGCUGAUGAGGAGUCAGACGAGGAUAUUACCAUCCGGCGCAGAGCACAAACAUCAUCAGGAGCUGCAACGUCAUCUGCAACAUCAAAACGUGAAAGUAGACCUGUGGAUUUGGAUGAUGCAGAAAGAGAUGGCUAUGGAGGUGUAUCAGACUAUGAGAAUGAGAAUGACGUCACAAUUGCGAGAAGAAGAGAAAGGGAAGUAGAAGGUAGUCCAAAUGCAAACCAAGAGGAAGAUUAUGAGGAGAUAUUCGCGGGAGACAAUGAUGACUUGGAGGCUGUGGAUAUAAACAUGGGUGCUGAAGAGCUGCUCAAUGCAGACCAACAACAAGCAGGAGUGGAAGUGAAAAAGAAACGAGCCAUCAAAAAGAGAAACACUCUGAAUGCAAAAUUAUUCAUAGACAAGGACAAAGGUCUUCUAGAUUUGAAUAGGCGGUGCAGGAAGAUUAAAUUCAAGGGCAAAGGGUACGAAGAACAAGAUUUUGAUUCUCUCUUGUGGAAUAUUGAACAUUGGGCUCAUAUGUUGUGUCCAGCGGCAAAGUUCAAAGAUUUCCUAGAACAUGCGGAACGACUUGGUAAGAAAAUAGAGAUUAAGAACUUUUUGAGGUCGGUUCGCAGCGGCGAGCUGGAAUAUGGCUUGCCUGAAAUGGUUGACUCGGACAAUGAAAAUGUGAAGCCAUCGAAAAAGCAAGAUUUAGAUUUUGAUGAUGUAUUAAUGGAAGAGGAAAAUUUAAUUAGAGAAAUGGAGACGAUACAGGAGAAUUCUUUCGCAAACGACAGCGAAGUCGGUCGCAACAAUAAGAAUAGUUUCAGUAAUUACGGCCCUCAAAACAAUACAAUGAAUACGACUAGCGUUAAUGGUUUCAAUGCCUCAAAAUUGGUUACAUCAACACCUUAUCCUAAACACUUGCUAACCAAUAAAGAACAGCCCUCGGCGACGCAAAAUAAAUCACCUCUUUCAGAUGACAUAGCUAGAAAGAUCGAAGAAAAGAGGUUACAGGCACUUGCUAAGCGGGUUCAAAGGGCCUCGAUGCCGCCCCCUCUAACAGAACCGAACCAUCAUGCCCAAAUUGAAGAAUCUCCUAUUGCAAUGAACUAAAAUUAUUUGAUUUUUUGUUAUGAAUUGUUUGUGAUUGUUUUUGAAUUAAUUGAAUUU